AUGGCGACCAUCCUCAAGAGAUCGUUCUCUAUGAGCGCCAUUGCUCGCUCGGGACUUGUGAAAACUCCUAUUCAGGUUCACGGAGUCGAGGGAAAGUAUGCUGCUGCUCUCUAUUCAGCUGCUCACAAGAACCAAAAGCUCGAACAAGUAGAUAAGGAUCUUCAUGCCGUUCGUAAUGCUCUUGAGAACCAGAAGUUCAGAGAUUUCGUUCUUGACCCUACUCUUAAAGCUCACAAGAAGAAGGAUGCUAUUCUUGCUGUUGCUCAAAAGCUUGGUCUUGCUAAGGAAUCCACCAACUUCCUCGGCCUUCUUGCUGAGAACGGAAGAUUGAACAAGAUUGAUUCCGUCGUCUCCUCUUUCGAAUCUAUCAUGAGAGCUCACCGCGGAGAACUUUUCGUUCAAGUCACCUCUGCUGAACCUUUGAGCAGAGCCCACGAACAAGCCCUCAAUGAUGCUCUCCAAAAGAUGGCCAGCUCUGGACAGAAAUUGAAUGUUACUUACACUGUUAAGGAAUCCAUUCUCGGUGGUCUCGUUGUCACAAUCGGAGAUAAGUACGUCGACCUUUCUAUCGCUUCUCGCGUGAAGAAGUACAAGGAUGCAUUGAAUGCCGCUAUCUAA